AUGGAAGGAAUUGACGCACAAGUUGCAAACACUGGUGCAGCUGGUUUGUCGUUUGUCUCAUUCUUUUGUCUUCUUUUGGUGAACUUGGGGGCGCCAAUUAUCGAAGGAAUUUUUAUUACGAGCGUUGAAAUAAAAUUAAAGUAUUCAUCAACCGGAAAAGUUAUAUUUGGAGUAUAUGGCGUUUGUGCGAAGGUUUACAGUAGUUAUGCUUCAAGUAAUAAUAAAUGCGCGAGUCUUGGUCUUGAUAAUACUUAUGACGAUAGAAAUGGCAGUACAAAGUUUUUGUUGUCUAUGCAUGCUAUUGCAAUUGGAGGACAAAUUGACAAUUAUUUAAAAAUCAAAGAAGCCGUUGACGAUGAUUAUACUACAACAAGUAUUGGAGCCAGUGGACUUGUACCUGUAAUUUUAGCUCUCAUAUGCUCACUUAUUUCAGUUUUUGCAUUUUACACGGGAGAUCAAGCUACAGCUAACAUCAAUGGUCCCGAAAAUGCGGCAACAAUUAUCAAUCAGCCACCUGUUGCUCAAUAUCAACAACCUAUCAAUCAGCCACCUGUUUCUCAAUAUGGUAAUCAACCAUUUCCACCUCCACAACCUUAUACAAAUUCUCAAUAUGGCGAAUAUAAUAAUUUUCAAUCUCCACCUCCACAACCUUAUCCAAAUUCUCAAUAUGAUGAUCAAUACAAUGUGAAACAAAAUCCAUAUUCAAGUCCACCGCCUCCACAAUCUCCACAACCAUAUACAGGUAAUCAACCUUAUUCGAGCACCGACCAUGAACCUGUUAUGAUGUAA